AUGAAUAUUCCUCCUUUUAGACCAUAUGGUGGGGAAGAUUAUAGAGUAGUUAGUGAUUUAUCAAGAUUUGAUCAUGAAAAUAAUACACCAAAACUACGAUCAAGAAAUACAACACCAACAAAUACUGAAAUUACACAAUCUUCAAAAUUAACAAUUGAUACAAUAAUACCUUUAUAUUCAAGUAAAAUAGAUCAAGGACAACAUCCUUAUCAACAAAUUUAUGAUCAUACAACUAACACGGAAAGAAAAAAAUCAAUACGACCUAAACAUAUUUCAGUUGCAAUACAAGUACCUCAAGAUCAUUUUAAACCAAAACCUAAACCACCACCGAAAGAUUUUGUAAGAAGAUCUAGAUCAGAAAAGGAAUUUUUACCUUAUCCGGCAUCAAUUAAUGAACCAAAUCUUGAAAUACCUCCACAACCUCAACCACAACCACUACUAGAACAACAAGCUCAAUUACAACCUCACCAAAUACAACAAUAUUCAAAACCUCAAGAACAUGUAAAAUUCCAACCUCAACAGUUUGUAAACAAUGAUUCUGCAAGUAUACUAUCAAGACAAAAACAAUUAGAACAUGAUUUAGUUAAAACAGUAAUGAAUCGACCUUUAAUUUCUUUUAAAGCUGAUAGAUUUGGAGAACAAUAUCAUGGUCAAUAUAUAACAAUAACAAUAAAUUUUUUAUUAUAUUUAUUUGAAAUUUGUUGUAGUAUUAUAGAAAUUGUUUUAUCAUCAGUUUUAUUAGAACAUGAUACUCACAUUGCAAUUGGAAUUUAUAGAUAUUUUAUUGCUGAUGGUAUAAUAUCAUUAAUUAUUUCAUUAUUAUUUAUUUUAAAAGCUGUUAAUUAUGAAAAAAGAAAUGGAAAUUUUUAUUGUUUAGUUGCAACUAUUAUAAAAUUAGUUUCAUUUAUUUUAAUUAUUUCAUAUGUAUUUCCAACAAAUAAUUCAGGAAAUAAUAAAAUUUGGCUGAUUAGAAGAGCCGUGGGGUCAUUUAUUAUAAUUUCUACAUUUUUAUGGAUUGUUAAUUUAAUUAUGUUCUUAACUACUUUAUAUAUAUCGAGAUUAAAUUUAUUGGAGGAAUUAAAUUUUGAUUAUGGUCGAAAAGGAUUAGAUGAUGAGUUUAAUAAAGGAAGAAAGAGUGAAAAAGAACCGCAUUAUGAAGAAGAAGAAGAACCAUUAAAAGAAUUUUAUUUAAACGAGAAUGGUGAAAUGUAUGAAUUAAAUGAACAUGAUAAAAAUUUAUAUAAAGGUAAAAAUAAGAUCUUGGUUUAUACAUUUUAG